AUGUCGGCGCUCGACACCCCCGCGACCUCCCUCGCCACGCGAGACCCGCUGGACGUCGCAACUGCCGCGGCAGCUGCGCAGGCGGUUCACGCAGUCGUAGAGAAAGUCGAGAGCGCAAAUAUCGUCGUCCUGGGCUGCAUCAACCGCGACGUGACGCUGCGCGUGCGGGCGCUUCCGGCCUUCGGCGAGACGAUCUUCGGCGAGAGCGUGGAGAUCUACCACGGCGGCAAGGCGGCAAACCAAGCUGUUCAGGCUGCGCUCCUGAUGCCCGCUAGCGACUCCGCGGAGACCUGCAAAGCGCCAGCGCAGGCUGUGGAGGAGGGUCGGCGCAAGGAGGAGAUGAAAACGAAAAAAGGCGGGCGAGUCGCGCUCGUGUGCAAGCUCGGCAACGACGCAGUGGGACGGGAAUACCGCGAAUACCUCCAGGCGCGCAGUAUCGACACAAGGGGCGUCCUGACGGCCGAGAGCUGCGACACCGGCUGCGCGUUCGUCACCGUGGCGCGGGAUGGAGAAAAUACAAUCGUCUACGUGCACGGAGCGAACAAGAGCCUCACGGCGCGGGACUUGCAGGACCCAGAGAUCGUCCGGCUGAUUCAGCAGUGCAAAGUGUUUGUCUGCGAGAACGGCGUGGCUGGGGACGUGAUUGUUGCGGGUCUGCGGAUUGCCAAAAGCGCGCCCGAUCGCGUCUUGACGAUCUUUACGCCGGCGCCGGCAGUCGAUGUGCCUCUGGCGGCCUUCGCGUACACGGAUGUCGUCGUUUUGAACGAGAGCGAGGCGCGCGAGCUGUGGAAGCUCUCCCCUGUCAAGCAGACGCAGGACACGGCGGGCAACGUGUUUGAGGAGCCCGACACGGCAAAGGAGGAGUUCCCCACGCUCCGGGCGAGCGCCGCAGCGACCAUCCAACACGAAGGUCUCUCUCUGCAGGCCUUCCGCGAGAAGCUUCUUGACCUCGGAUUCCGCGCGACGCACGUUGCGGGCGCGACAGAGCCUGCGGCCCCGACCGGGGGUGGCAGCUGCGAGGGCGCGCGCCGGGGCCUGUGCAACGUGGUUCUGUCCAAAGGCAAAGCGGGCUGCGCUCUCUGCGAGAGCGACGCCGCGAGCACCGACCUCCUCGUCUCCUCGCAGGUCCACGAAAUCCCGCAGAAACGCCAACUCGCGCCCACCGACGUCGUCGACACCGUCGGCGCCGGCGACUCGUUCUGCGGCGCGCUCGCGUACUUCCUCGGGCACGAAGACAUGCCCCUGCGUGAAGCCGCGGAGAAGGCCUGCAUCGUCGCCAGCUACUCGGUUCAGAAACGCGGCGCGAGCGAGAGCUACGCAGACAGAGCCAAGCUGACCGGCGUCUUGUUCUAG